AUGUGCGAUGGAAAAUCAGUUGAAAUGCUCUUCUGGUUGGUUCAACCUCGGCAUUCAGAACGCGAAAUUGCUCGCAGUAUUAGAUAUCUCUCUAGUGCAUGGUUUCUGAUAUUUGCCUCGACACACGUCGUCGCCGAGAAGGCCGAGAAGGAAGUACAGCUCUUCUUCAACAAUGGUGAGAGUUUCUCGACUGUCAAAAAGGUCCUACUUCCUCUCUCAGACAGGUUCACUACCGUGAUCCGUAAUGCAGAUAUUCAUGAAAACAUAGUCUGCACAGAUUUUCCUUAUAAUGUCGUUAACGAGAGUGGACAGACAGCACUUAUAGUGUUUCCGUCAAUCGCCCGCGAACCCCCUUACUGCUUCACUUAUCCUGAUGGAGGAAAUGUAGUGUAUGCACUUAUGGAACCAAAUGGCGUAAAGCAUGGGAACCUGAAAAAAAAAUCUGAUCCACAAGUAGGGGAUAUCGAAGAUCUUGUCGAGUAUCUGGAUGAUAUUACGACAGAGCAAGACUUAGUGAAUGAAGUUCCUGAUACGUAUACCGGUGUGAAGGAGCAUGCCAGUCUUCUCGAUGCAGUCUACGUUCCGCUAUGGCUUGUCGUACUCAUCGCAGUUCUACUCAUUUUGUCGACACUUAUAACAAUAAUCUUACAAUGCAGAAAACCAACAUUCUUACGGGUAGCGCUGAAAGAUUAUUCGAAGUUCGAAAAACUAUUUCUCUGCAGCAUUAAGACAAAGGAUAAAGCACUCGGCGCCGAUAAAUUCUUAGGAGAUUGGCCAUGCAUUAGACCUCACCAAACAUCGCAGAGGGGAGGUCAUUCCAAGCCGCCUAAAUCGCAAAGAACAGAGGUGACUAUCUGUACCUAUAAUAUACGCACACUUGCAUCUGAGCCUUCGAUAGAAGACUUGAUCAUGCAAGCGAGACGGACAAGGUACGACGUAAUCGGCCUGGCCGAGACGAGAAGACUCCAGCCUUUCAACGUCGUCUAUGACACCGGAAAAGAACUGUACCUCGGAACAUGCGACAAUACAGGAAUCGGCGGAGUCGCCGUUUUCGUCAGCACUAAUUGGUCCGUGAACAUCGAUUCAUUCGAACAACUAACAACCCGAUUCGGACAUCUACGAUUGAAGAGAUGUGCGACAAUGCCGGCAUUGACAAUCCUGAUCGUUUAA